ACAGACCACUCGACCGUACGGUGUCAUACCAUCCUGAAGUGCUCUACAGCUUUUGAUGUCUGUCUAUCGUGAAUCAAUUCAUUAGAAGGCGAAAGUGGUAUACACUUCACUUCACGUAUUAUAAAAGACUUGUGUUAUUACUCCCGCAAAACGUUCAAUCGUUCACAGUCAAACGUACCGAUUAGCGCGAUGAAGUCUGCUCUGUUACUGUUCCUGCUGGGAUGUGUCCUAUCCGCUAGUGAAACAGUCGCGCUCCGAUGUAAUCCAACGGAAAAUGCGAACGUAACCGCUAAUGGCAGACCUGCCUAUGCCGGCCAGUUUCCACACCACGCUCUGCUGGUGGUAAGCUUCGGUGAGGAGGAAACGCGUCACUGCAGUGGAGCCCUGGUUGAUGAACGACACGUAGUUACCGUGGCACAGUGCGUUGCUGGUAGCAGUUCCGUCCAGGUACAUCUCGGCUCGAACUGUUUGCUGGCGGAUGAAGACGAUCAGUUCCGGUACGUGUUCAACGCUGUGGAGUACACCGUACGUGAAGGGUACGAUACGGAAACGUUUGUGAAUGAUGUAGCAGUGGUUCGAUUUACCGACGAGACGGUAAGACUGCCGCCCUGGGUACGACCUGCUCGUCUGCCGGAAACGGAUGAAGAUCAGUACGUCGGACAGGAAGUUGUCACGAGCGGAUUUGGAUUGAUGAACUACGGUACGGAAACUGCAGCUGAUGGGCUGCAGUACAUGCGGCUGGUAGUGUUGGAGUUGGACGUGUGUCAGGAGGAGUUCAAUUUUAUCACUCCCGAUACGGGACGGUUUUGUGCUCAGGAAGCGACGCACGAGCGAAACUGUGUCAGUGACGUCGGAAGUCCACUGGUGCUGAAGGAGAAACGGUUGCACGAAUACGUGCUGCUCGGUUUGACCAGCUUCGGACAGAAGUUUGCCUGCAACUCUGGUAAUCCUGGUGCAUUACAGGAGAUGCGCAAUCAUGCCUCGUGGGUGAAGGAAGUAAUGUCUCAAGCGAAGUAAAAAGUGGAUCCAAAUCUUAAAAUCUAUAAACAAUUUAAUUUUAUACAAAAAAAUGGAUUCCCAACACAUCAUGAUUGUGAACACAGUAAAUUAAUGAUACCAUUCUCAGCACCAACAUUCUCAAAUAAAAUGAUGAAGACGGUUAAGCAAAGCAGAAGAGAGCAGUGUAAACACAUUCACCUGAUCGAUUUAAGCACUCUAAAUAAACACUGGCCAUAGCGAAUGUUGAAAAGUAUCAAAUCAUCUAAUAAAAGCAAAUACGUACAGCCGCCUAUAAACAAAACGCAGCACGUGUGCAUUUAAUCGUGGCGCGCCCGUAAAGCACCAUGCGUUCCACAUCGUAAAACACCGGGCGCCUCCAUAUUCAAAGGGGAUCAUGAGAGUGAUGAGUUGGAAGAAGAAGAACGAUUUUGCUGUAAGCAA